AUGGCAACCGAUCAAAAGCACUCAUCUGAUAGUGCACCCAGCAAGCAGGGUGUUAGUAGACGUAUUAAGAAAAUAAUCUGGUUAUUUGGGCUAGAUAAGCAGAAUGCAGGAGCAUAUAGAGCACUUUCUGGAGAAAUUAGAGCACUCGAGAAAAAAAUAGAAGAUUAUUAUUCCUGGCAUAAAAACCUUAAAAAGGAAGUUAAUCAACUAGAAAAAUAUAUAGAAAAACGUAUAGACUGGUUAAAGGAUGACGUAGGCAAAUUACUUGCUAUGAAGUAUUGCAAUUGUAGCAAAGAAUCCAUAAAUAGUUCAUUCGAGUCUAGUUCAUCCGAGUCAAGUUUAUUUGAAGAUUCUGAAACAGUUGAGUGCUAUUAUCCUAAAAAGAAGGUACUACAGGGGAAUCAG